AUGGCCGCAUCCGCAAAAUCCCUCGCCUCACUCCUCGCACAAGCUUCUCUAGAGGACCACGACGAGGUCCUCAAAGCUGCCAAUGGCGCAAUCAAGAAGUCAAAAACAGACAUUGAGGCACACCACGUGAAGGCAAUAGCUCUGCUCAACUUGGACCGCUAUGAGGAUGCAUUAGAAGUGUUUGAGAACACAAAAGCAUUGCAAGAGAAGGCGUCGUUCGAAUAUGCAUAUGCGCUGUACAAGACGGGCAAUGCCGCGAAAGCUGUAGAAGUCGCUGAGGCUUCAGGCGCAAAUGGCGGGCGCGGAUCGAAGCACAUGCUUGCGCAGGCUGCAUACCGGUCGGAAAACUUCGCGCAAGCUGCCAAAAUAUACAAGGAGCUAGCCAUCCAACCCGUCGAAGACGAAGAAUACGAUAUCCGCAUCAACUCGGGUGCUGUUGACGCACAAUUGGAGUGGACGGGCCAGGGCGAGCUGGCGCAGAAGAAGAAGCCCACACGUGAGGAUCUAGAGGUCUUUGAGACUGCUUUCAAUGCAGCGUGCGGAAGCAUAUCGCGGGGCGAGUUGGCACAAGCUGAAGUGUGCUUGAAGAGAGCCAAAGACCUUUGCAAUGCGGCGUCGGAUCUCAGCGAGUCGGAAAAGCAGGCAGAACUGAUGCCGAUUACAGUGCAGCAGGUCUACGUUUUGACGCAGCUGGGCAAGAUUGACGAGGCAGAGGCGCUGGCUUCGGACAUCCCAAUCGCAGAAAUCAAGGAGCUAUCCACCCGCUACAUUGCCCAGGUCAACAGCAUCGCCGCAUCAAAAGAGCUCUCGAACCCAUAUCGCUCCCACCGCCUCUUCCAUUCCUCACCAAAGCCCCCCGUCACAGACCAGCACUUCUCCUUCCAGUCCAACAUCCUCCAACAAGACGAAUAUGUCAUCUCUCUGCUCUCCCAAAAAGUCGCAGGCGUCGCAUCGUCCACCGAAAAAGUCAUCUCCGCCACCCCAGCACCCUCGCUCGCACCCUUGGUCAACAUGGCCGCUGUCCUCAACGCCGCCGCCCACGCCCGCAACGCUGAGACCUCAAAAUCCGCCCUCAAGGAAAUCGUCCCCUUACUCGAAAAGCGCCCCACCGACGUCGGCCUCCUCCUCACCAUCACACACCUCUACGUCCUGACUAACAACUACGCCGCCGCCACCCACCUGCUCGAGUCCUUCUUCAAGCGCCUCGAGCACUCUGGGUCCGCGUCGGAUCUAGACGUCCGCUUCGCCCCGGGCCUCAUCGCCUCCCUCGUCGCCUUGUAUGCCACUCAAUCCCGCCCCGGCGCCGCAAAAGCACAACUCGCAGCUGCAGCAGAGUACUGGCGCACGCAGACCCAAGCGCCGUCGAAAGCCCUCAUGGUCGCCGCCGGCACCGCGCUGCUCGACACGCACAACCCCGACAACGUCAAGCAGGCAGGCGAGAUCUUCAAGAGCUUGUACGACCAGGACAACGAGGACAGAGCUGCUGUUGCCGGGCUGGUGGCCGCGUGGAGUAUUUCCUCUCCGCAGGACAUACCCGCGGAUUUACUGGCGUAUUUGCCCGAAGCCUCGCGCCUGAUCGCGGACAUGGACGCCGCGGCCUUGGAAUCCGCUGGUGUGCCGCAAAGCACGCAGACCAACGACGUGGCGCGCAAGCGCAGCCUCGCGCCGACCAAGCCCGUGCAUGCGCGCGCGAAGCGCCUGCGCAAAGCGCGUGUGCCCAAGGAGUACGUCGAGGGCAAGAAGAUGGAUGAGGAGCGGUGGCUGCCGAUGCGCGAUCGGAGCUACUACCGGCCGAAGGGGAGGAAGGGGAAGAAGAGGGCCGAGGGGCUGACGCAGGGUGGGGUGGUGAGCGAGGAGAAGGGGAGUGCGCCGACGCAGGUUAAGAAAGAAGUCAAGGGGAAGAAGAAGAAGGGUGGCAAGUGGUAG